UCUCAUGUCCUGAACAGUCUCAAUACAUGCAUCAAAUUGUCUUUCUGCAUACUUAAGAAACUGUUAUGCUAAGAAAACUAGGUUGCUGAAGUUCUAGCGAGCUUUGCAAAUGUCUCUUUUGUGCACGGGGUGUUACGGUGUGGGUGCUUCAUACCCAAGAAGUUGUGUUUUCCCAGUCUAGCACAUUAAGCUGCCAUACAAGUUACUCCGAGUGUUUCUGGCACCUGCGUACUUUAUGCACCAAAAGUAGGCUGAGAAAUGCUGCUUUAAAAAAUACUCACCCUGUCUUCUUCAGGUAUUGAGGCAUUAUGCAUCCUAACAAAGGCUCCUUCAGCUCCAUUCACUUACAGCAACGCAUUGUUCUGAACGUAUAACCUUUGACUUUGAACAGAUUGUACUUAACCAGCCCCAAAGCAGACAGCUUCAUUUGCUGCAAGUGGAAGUGCAUCACUGGGGUAUUAAAACUUCAUUUAAAAAUGAACCCUGAGAGGCUGAAACUAGCAGAGCUGCUGUAAUGCUUUAGCAGACUGAUGGAAAGCAAAGGAGAUGCUUUUCUUAAAAAAACGAGAACAAAACUAAUGAAAGGUGAGCCCAGCUGUAGCCACACCCUUCAGCCACCGGUUUACUACUUCCCUAUCCCCCAAACACUGCACAUAGAACCAGGCAACACCAAGCAGGAGGGGGAGGAGUAUUUCAUGCUUUAUAAAGCAUUGCUUUAACUUUUGCUUGUGUUCAGUAUGACAAAGAAUUGAGCAGAACAGUGUCCGCAAAAGGAAGCGCUGUAAUGCUUCUGUGGCUGCUGACAAUGAACUUGGUCCACAGAUGCAGGCUCCAGUUAGCUGGAUUUCUUUUGUCUGUGCUAGGAUGGAUUUUAACCAGUACCGGUAACUAUUUCGACUGGAAAAAUCUCAGCUUAGCCCAAAAUGUGCUGGAGCUUUGGACCGUGGGCUGGCAAGCCUGUAUAGCCCAAGCUGUAGGAGGAACACAGUGUAAAGAUUGUGAUUCUUUCCUAGUUCUGCCUCUAGAAUUCAAGAUUGCCAGGAUUUUAGUAUCUACAUCAAAUGGACGAGGACUGCUGAGCCUUGUGAUCUCCAGUCUUGGUUUGGACUGCCUAAAGAUGGAGGAUACAGAGCAGAAGCUAGAGAAACAGCUGUUACUACUUGGAGGAAUACUCCUGUGGCUGGCUGGAGUUCUGGCCUUAGUCCCUAUUUCUUGGGUUGCCCGUACUAUAAUGCAGGAAUUUUGGGAUGAAGACAUCCCAGAGAUUGUGCCCACAUGGGAAACAGGGGAUGCACUGUUUGGUGAUUGGUUUGGUGGAUUUUUUUUUUUUUUUUGGAUAAUUCUAGGGGGAUCUCUACUCCUCUCCACAAUCGCUUCAUCUGACCAUCAAUUACCAGAGCAGUAUGCAAUGGCAGAUAUGCAAGACACCCAUCAACAUCUGAAAACAGAAGAUUUUAUGAGGGCAGAUAUCAGGUUUUCAGAUUUCUUACUCUUGCAUUACAGUUAAGAAAGGUCUGCUGAAUAGACAGGUUACUGUUUACAAGACUGGGGGGAGAGAUUGUGUCUUACUAAGUAGUUCCUUUAAUUACUACUUACACUCAAUUUUAAUUACAGUAAUUG